UCGUAAUUUAUUAACAUUUCUGUGAUUUUUUUAUCUAGUGGAAGUUUUUCAGUGCUUCUGAACUAAAAUUAGAAAAUAAUAUGGCAACUGUUGCAAACUCAAAUAUUAUUAUUCACUGUCACUUGUGACUUGAAAUCAGAAAAUGCCUAUAUUGUAUUCUGUUGUUGCUCAUGGGAGCACUGUGUUGGCUAAAUAUGCAAGAUGUGCUGGUAAUUUUUCUGAAGUGACCGAACAAAUAUUAGCUAAAAUAUCACUGGAGCAACCAAAACUCACUUACUCACAUGGAAGCUACUUGUUCCAUUAUAUCUUGGAAGAUGAAAUUAUCUACCUCUGCAUAACAGAUGAUGAUUUUGACAGAUCACAUGCAUUUAGUUUCCUGAAUGAAAUUAAACGAAGAUUUAAAAAUGCAUAUGGAACAAGAGCUUUGACAGCUUUACCGUAUGCUAUGAACAGUGAGUUUUCAAGGAUAUUAGCAUCUCAAAUGAAACAUUUUUCUGAAAACAAAGAUGUUGACAGACUAUCGAAAGUUCAGGGAGAAAUUGAUGAGCUGACAGAAAUCAUGGUUCAAAACAUUGAUUCUGUUGCUAACAGAGGAGAGAGAUUGGAAUUACUGGUUGACAAAACUGAAAAUUUGAAUUCUGCUUCUGUAACCUUUAGGAAAACAAGCAAAAAUCUGGCACGUUCUAUGUGCAUCAAGAAUGUAAAAAUAACUGUGAUUAUUGUCCUUGUAAUGCUGGUUAUUUUGUAUAUAAUUGUGUCAGCAUCUUGUGGAGGAUUGAGUUGGCCAAAUUGCGUGUAGCCGUUGCUGAAUUUUAGAUUUCUUACUUAAUGAAGAUUUACACAUUUUAGUGUAUUUGUAACAAUUAUUUUCAAUCAUAACUGAUUAUGAGCUGAAUGUUUUAAUAUAAAUGAAAUGCCUAUAAAACAUUCCUGUAUUUUACAUUUUCCUUGAAACUGUUGAUCAAUCUCAAUUAUAUUUGUAUCACAAAAUCACUGUUUUUAUCACAUUCUAAAAUUUUUCAAACCAAAUGUUCUAAAAUGCUUUUCUGUAUUUUCUUUGCUAAAAACUCCCUUCUCUUGUUAUGUUUAAGCUUCCUAGUGUUUUUAUGAAUAUUGUGACAUAAUAAUGAAUGCCCCCUAUUCUAUGUUUUGUAAAUAUAUUAAGUGUUUGUGUUAAAUAAAGUUCUUAUUUCAGCUUGUAA